AUGGGAGCUAAUUGGCUCACGAAACAGACAUCACUACCGAGAGAAAUCCCGCUAACAGGGAGCUCACCACCGGAUAAUAUCCGAGCAGAUCUCGAAAACCUGGAAGAUAAAUGGCUCAAGGAAGCGGCCGACGAGAUGUCUGAGAAUAAAAUAGCUUCCGAACAAACUCAGUACUGGGAUAAAAUAGAUUUCGAAGAAAAACCGAACCAUUUGGAGAUGAUUGAAAAACGACUGAACGAACUCAAGCACACAGAUAUUCAAAUCCGUAUCGGCGAGACUUUAUUCGAAUGUCACACGUUGCUGCUGCAGUGUUUUUCGGAAGUUUUCGAUGAGCUGGGCAACAUACCGGAGGUGGAUCUACCAGAGGAGAAGGUAACUCAGGAUGCGUUCAAGCUCAUCUACGAUUGGCUGUUGUCGCAGAAACCAGUUGUGCAACGGGAACAUUUCGUUGAGGUGUUUGUAGCGGCGGAGUACUUGGGCAUUCCUGCUCUGAUCAACCAGUGCUGGACUUGCGUGGACGAUACGGAAGCAUUGAUGGAAGAUCGUGCUUUUCGGUUGUACACUGAGGCAAUUCCUUUCCAGCACACCGUUCUACAGAACAUGAUGCUGAGAAGAAUUUGCAAAUUUUUCCUUACUCUUGUCGCUUCCGAAGAGUUUCUUCAUCUACCGUUAGAAGACUUAACUAUCCUGUUGAAUUCCAACUAUAUCGGAGUUUUCUCCGAGGCAGAUGUUCUGUAUGCUGCGGCCGUUUGGCUUCUAGGUGAGUGGGAAAGUCGCAGCAAAUACGUCAGCGUUGUAAUGAAACUGGUACGUUUUCCAUUAAUGAGUCAAUCUCUGCUGUCCAACUUGAUCAAAUGCGAAGAAGACGAACGUAUUCAUGGUAUCUUGCAGCAUGACGCAACGAAAAAUCUUGCCAUUCAAGCGUUGACCGAUUUGUGUCAACUAACAUCUGAACCACGGUCUGGUUCCUCAAGCCUCGGUUUGCAUAUAGUGAGAAAACCUUUUCAACGUAUCUGGCUAAGAGAUCCAACCGUAUUGAUGCAGGGAGAUGAACCAGUUGGACGUAGAUCUCAACGACAGGAGUGUACUUUUGGUGAAUUUAUGAAACGAUCGGACGAUUUGGUUUCCAAUCCGGACAGCUGGCUCAGUUGGGAGAUAAUUGAGCUCGAUGAUGAUGCCGAGGUGCCCUCAUCAAACGUAGCCUUUCAUGAAGGAAUUUCAGACACGGAAUAGUGUUCGGUUUGGUUGCAAAUCAAGGAUCGAUGGUGGCUGCGUGGAAUAUAUGGUAUCUAUUCGUAACUGUAGCUAGUGUUUCAUGCAACCCAAUUUUUUCCCAUCAAAUCCUGAGGUUGUAUUAUAUCUGCGUGAAAGAAUGUCUGUUGAAUUUUUUGCUUGAGUUCGCUAAACUAAAUAUAAUAAUGGUAGUCAGCCUUAUUCUACAUUA